GUUAGCUGCAGCUGUACUUCCCCAGGUUUUUUUUUAAUGCUAAUCCCUAUACUGCCCCCUGCAGGUGGGUUUGCGUCAGCAGGAUAUGUCCCUGCUGUGCCAGCUGUGGUCGCUCCACGAGUCCAUCCAGGAGUACAAGGGGAGCUGCCAGGACCUUAGCGCAGCCUCCAGCCUCAGCAUGAUGGAGAAUGGCUACUUUGACGAGGAUGACGAGUAUUACCCGGAGCCUGGUUCCACUCCCACCGGGGAACAGCCGGAUGGAGACAUUGGAGAUGGGAUGGCAACAAUGGGGGCAGCCAAGAAUGGGAGCGGCAGUGGCAAAGGGGACAGCUGGGACUCUUUUCGCGUUAACAUCUGAGGCCUCGUUGUCAGCAUUUUUCUUAGUGUGGAUGCAUAUUUUUGGGUUGACAGACUGGAUUAGACUGGAGGAGAAACCUUUUUGACCUCCAGGGAGUGAGUGGCUGGUGAGAGACAACAGACUAUGGCGUCUCUUGGAACUGUAGAACUCCAGCUACCUUAAACACCUCCUCAGGUCAAACAUCCGCCUGCUUGUGUUGCAGAACGUUGUUUCUGCAGCGUGACCAGGAGCUUCAUCAAACUGCAGAU